CUCGACCGCGUGAUCACGAGGUUCUCCCUGGAAAGACGGCGGGGAGGGCGAAGAAGAAGCGCUCCGAGCGGCGCGCGCUAGGCGCACCGCUGCCUGCGGAAGACAACGAAGACGGAGUCGAAGACAAAGCCGACCAGAAAGGCUGUUGGGCGCGCGCGCUCUUCAGAGCGGCCGCCCGCCGCCAGCACAGCACGGUCCCAGCGGGCAGCUGCAAGCAAGCAGAAGGGCCUCGGCCGUAAGGGCCCGCGGCGCGUACCUCCCCCCCACCGGAUGUGGUCGGCUCCGCUGACACAGCACCUCCGGGGGUACCUGCAGGCAAGCAGCGGGGGGCCACCGCCGUACAACCCGGAGCACACGUCGUGGGUGCCCCGUCAUGGAGCUCCUGGUUCACGGACUGAGCCAGGGUAGGCACGUUUACCACCCAUUCCCCAAGGAAGGCGCCGUGCCGAAGCCGGUGCGCAGAACGCCGCACACGCUGGAAGACCUGUGUUACCGGGCCGUGAUCAAGGUGACCACGCUGCGUCGCCUCAAGGGCAGCGACCUACCCACGCUGCCGCCGCUCAUCAGGCGCCGGCUGACUACUCUCAGCACCCAGGACUUCCUGGAAAUCGAGAGUGCGCCAUUCAAGGACAUGUUCGACUUUCACAUGUACCACCGCGCGCUCACCUACCGCGUCCGGUGCGUGCUGGACGGCGGUGAGUACAUGGCCGCGCACGCCGGCACCUGCAAUUCGGUGCAGCUCAGCAACGAAGACUUCUGGCAAUGGGUCGAGCUGGCGCACCCCAACCUAAUGUGUGUCUACGCUCUAGCGCUGGACGCCGACACGUCCAACGUGUUCCUCAUCAUGGAGAUGCCGGACGCGACGCUCAAACGACUCGAGAUCUUCCUCGUGUCUCAGGGACUCUGCUUUCCGGAGUACUUCCUCUGGAAAGUCGCCGAGCAGCUCUCAUCCGUCAUCAUGUACGUUGAGGAGAGGCAGCUUUCGUUCGGACGCUUCGACCUCAAGAACGUCUACCUGGUGCGCGACCGUUUGCACCUGGACAACAAGCUCACGUGGAAGUCGUGCGUGGACGCCUCGCCGAUCCGCAACAGGGUACAGUCCAUCUUCUUGGGCGACAAGGUCAACAUCGGCGGCCACUACGAGCUCCAGGCCAACUCGCCGUCAAGCGCGUCGGUCAUGUGCCUCGGAUUCGUUCUCACGCGCCUAGCCAGCAUCGCGUUGACGGAGCGGAAGUCUACUUCGACGUCGACGGACAUCUCCGGGCUGGUAGCGUCGCCCAAGAUGCGAAGCGAAGGGCUCUUCUUCGACUGGUUUAGCCCGCCAUGCCCGAGGGUACCCAUCACUUACUCGUCGGACCUGUUCGACCUGCUAGUGUCGCUACAUUCCACGAACCUGCCACCGCUGAGCGCGAUCCAUGCCAAGGCCGUCGAAAUGAUGGCGCUGAUCAUGACCAGGGAGCGCAUGGAGAGACUGUACAAUGGCGACGAGGACGGUGAACUGCGACUCAACGAGCGCAAUCUACCGGUGGGUUAGCUGUUGGAGCGUACACGUAGCGUGUGUAGGUACGCAUCCUACACGUGAAGCAGUAUGUGUUGCCAAGCGAUAUUCUCGUGAAUGAAAAUUGACACUUGAGCCAGGAGGCACAUUCCCGCUCAGUGUAUACGGUGCUUCUUCUACGACUAUUCCAGGACUGCAUGUCGACGAUGAACCUGCGUCUGUCUGUAGAACAGCAUAUUUAAGGAGUAGGUAUGGACGUAUUGCUGCACUUUAGUAUCGAGCGAUAUGCUUCAAUUGUUCUGCAACAUUCAGUUUAUGGCACAGGUGGAUUAGCAGGCUCAUUCCUGUGCGUACAUGUACGCCAACGGUGGCUCUGAAGUAAUGGUUGCAUACUGCUCAAACGAAACAUAGACAAAAAUAACGAAGUCAACGCACUGCUUUCAGUAACGAAUUGAUGCGUUCUGUAUGAAAAAAAAAUCGUUGUGAUAGCGAGACUUACUUUUUGUAUAAUCGAUUCAGA